AUGGAAGCUGUCUUCUACGCAUUUGCAUCCUUCGGCACGGCGCCCACGAAGGAGAUGGACAAUGCCCAUUUCUCCAAAAUGUUAAAGGAGGCUAAAAUCAUUGGCAAAACCUUCACCUCUACAGAUGCCGACCUCCUCUUCAACAAGAUCAAGGCGAAGGGCGCCCGUAAAAUCACCUUCACGGAGUUUAACACAAGAGCUCUCCCUGAUAUUGCCACCAAGUUGAAGAUGACACCCGAGCAGGUGGCUGAAAUUCUCACGAAGGCAUCACCAGCCUCCAAUUCCACAAAAGCGGAAGCUGUUAAGUUCCAUGACGACAAAAAUCUCUACACGGGCGUCUACAAGGCGGGAGGCCCCACAAAUGUGGAUCGUAACGCCGGAUCCCUUUCAGGGGUUGUCGACCGCCGUGUGGAUCAGGUCGAUGUGCGUGGCACAACCUCCUCGCAAAAGUAA